AUGACGAGGAAGAAGAAGAUGAGGAAAAUGCAACGUCCAAAAAGAAAUCCCAAGCUGGAACAAAAGAGGCCCGUGUCUUCAUCGAUCAGCGAUACCUCGGAAACAAACGAGAGCGGAGUCAGCGAUAGCGACGACGACAAGGAUAAAAAGGUCACGCAGGAAGACGACACGGAUGACGAGAGUGGCAGUGAUGCCGAGUCAGGAGUCAGCGGUGAGUACCACGACGGUGGAGGAGAGCUUAGCCCAUUGCAAGAGAUCGUUGAAGAAGAUCAGGAGGAAGUAGAGCGAGGUCGAGAAGAGGACUCUCCAAACACGCUGAUCAGAAAAAGGCAUACAAAACUCAAGCGUAAGAUCUCAGAGGAAGGCUUUCUUACCGUAGACGACAUGGAGUUGUGUGUAUGGCGACAGGGAGAGGAACAGUAUCAAGGCGGUACCCAUCCAACCACGUCAGACGUUGAUACAUGUUUACAAGGAGAAAAGCAAACAGAUUAUUUAGAAGCUGCGUGUCAAGCGGUUGGAAUAUUGAAUCAGAAGGCUUACACGGCUAAUCCAAGAGUUGAAGACACAGUCCAGACCUCAGAACCUGAACUGCCAACAGGUUUCGAAGCAGCUUACCUUGUCCACAUUGAUAAGGCAUCAACGUCGUAUUCCAUUCCUCACUCCGCAGGACGGAAGCGUCACGCCCCAUCCCACGACAUGCAAUGUCUGGCUUCGAAGAAUUGUAGCAAGCCAGAAAACUUCGGAGCUUCAACAAAUAUGGAGCCUUACCCUGAAAGAUAUGACGCAUCAGCUUCGACGUCUGCUAAAUUACCUUGGACAUUUUAUUUUAAGGAGGCUGAUAUUGAGACAAAGCAGUCGACAUCAACUGACAGAGAGACACCUGAAGAGGAUACACUAAGAGCAGAAAAUGAAGCUUUAAAAUUGGAAAAUCUUGAGUUGAAGAACUGCAUUAAAGAAUUGAAAACAGAAAAGCUUCAACGACAGCAAACUUCCAUCAACAAUCAAAAUCCUGCGGAAGAUCAGGACUACCCUACGGCAUUUGAAAACUGGUUAAUUUUUUUCAUGCUUUCAUCAAGGGACGUCACUAAGCUGGUGAAAAUUUUUAAGGUUUUGAGAAAAACAUUGUGUUUGUUCUGAACUUUUAUAAUUAAAGUGG